AUGCCAAAGCACAGGUACGUUGUUGUUGACUGGGGAUCGUGGGGAGUGGAGGCGCAGAGUUCCUCGAAGAUCAUCGUUCGUGAUCCCUUCAAUGUGAGAGAAGGAGAUGAAUGUUCACUGCAAGGAACAGAUCCAGCGACAAAGAGACCCAUGUUGUUUCAGGGACAUGUUCUUGCAGUAUUUGGUGAGUUUAUACACCCAGUAUUUUUCUCAAUUACAUUGAUUUUCGUUUUGAAGUGCUACAAAUGCUUGGUAAACCCGUUUUCUUUCGAAUUCCUUGGUUUGAUCUUCGAAUUGCGGUGA